AUGAAUUUAUUUGUACUUUUUCUAUUCUGCGUCAUAUUUCAUAAUGUCGCUAGCUUGAUGCCUAUGCCUAAAGCUAUAUAGAAGGGAGAUUAGGUUGUCAAAAUUGAGAAUAAAUGCUCACUACGAUAUCAAGCAACUGAGGAUCAAUACCCAGAUUUCAUUUUGGAAUUACUUGAACAUUUUCAUACUUUGAUGACUCCAAAGCAAUGUAAUUUUAGAUAAUCUUUUGGGUUUACAAAUGACUUGGGAGCCAUGAAGAUCUCCAUGCAAAUAGAAUCCUUUGAAUAAUUGUAUGGAGUUGAUACAACUAAAUAAGAAUCAUAUAGAUUAGAUAUUGAUAAUGAAUUGAAUGUUUAAAUCCAAGUGAAUAAUCAUUGGGGUUUGGUCAGGGCUUUGAACACCUUAAAUUAAUUAAGUGAGAAAGGAGAGAUACAUGAUCUUCCCUUAACAAUAGAGGACGAACCAACUUAUAGUUACAGAGGGAUUUUGAUUGAUAGUGCUAGACACUUUCUAUCUGUCCAAUUGAUAGAGAGAACAAUUGAUUCCUUAGUCAUGAAUUCAAUGAACACAGUCCAUUGGCAUAUUACAGAUGACGAGAGUUUUCCAUUACUAUUAACAGAGUACCCUGGAAUUACACAUUCAACAAAAUAUUCAGAGAAUUCAUAUUAUACAAUAAAUGACACUACAAGAAUAGUUGAAUAUGCUUCAAAAAGAGGAGUUUAAAUAAUACCUAGUUUUGAUAGUCCUGGACAUUCAAUGAGUUGGGGAAUGACUAAAGAAUUAGCUGAUAUUAUGAUGAUGUGUGGAAGCACAAUAAAAUAAUAUGGUGUGCUUGAUCCAACAUUAGAGAAGACUUAUCAAGUCCUAGAAUCUAUAUUAAAGGACUUCUAUCAAAUGUUCAAGAAGGUCAAGUUUGUUAACUUUGCAGGUGAUGAGGUCAGCAAGACUUGUUGGGAUCAAAGACCUGAAAUUAAAGAAUUCAUGUAAAAAAACAACAUUAAUGAUUAUUUUGAAUUGCAAUCCUAUUACAGAAGAAGGUAAAAGUAAUUAUGGAAGGAUGUCAUUAAAGCAGAACAAGAUAUCAUCUAUCUCUAUAGAAAAGAAGACAAUUUACCACUUGAUAAAGACGAUAUUAUUCAUUGGUGGGGAAAUACUGAUCAAUUACCAGAUGUUGCUGAUAAACCUAAUAGAAUCAUAUUGAUGGAUUAUUUCCCAUUGUUUAUUGAUGCAGGCUUUGGAAAUGCCUUUGGAAAUCCUUACUCUGUUUAUCAUACAUGGAAAGAAAUCUAUAAAUGGACUCCAUCCCUUCCAUAAGGAUCACUGAAUACUAUCAUAGGAGGUGAAGUUCCUUUGUGGGGAGAAACUAAUAAUCAAAAUACACAUUUCAAUAAAUUAUACAUGAGAACAUCAGUUAUUGCAGAAACUCUUUGGAAUCCAAAAGUCAAAGAAACUGAAAAAUAUGCUUCUUUUGUUAAACGUCUUAUUCAAAUGGAAGAUAGAAUGACAAAAUAGGGCUUUCCUGUUACUCCUGUUACUCAUGGGUAUUGUAGAAAAAAUACAGAACUAUGUUUUCCAGUCUUAAGUGAAGAGGAAUAAAAAGAGUAAAUAUAAACUGAAUGA